CAGCACUAAUUUAAUGAAACCGGAAAAUAGCAACAGUAGCAGUUAUGGCGUCCACAGCGGCGACCCGGACGGCAGCUGGUGCUGCUAAAGUCGUUAAACCGAUUUUUAGCCGUGAUUUGGACGAGGCUAAGCGCCGAGUCCGGGAGUUAUACCGAGCAUGGUACCGGGAGGUCCCCAACACAGUCGCAAUGUUUCAGCUCGACAUCACAACACGCCAAGGAAGAGACAAAGUUAGGGAGAUGUUUGACAAGAACAAGCACAUCACCGACCCCCGUGUGAUCGACAUGUUGGUCAUUAAGGGGAAAAUGGAACUUCAGGAAACGAUCCACGUCUGGAAGCAGAAGACCCACAUAAUGCGCUAUUUCUACGAGUCUGAAGAACCUCGCCCCACCGACUUCCUGUCCAAAUUCUACCGGGGACACGACCAAUGAACUGUACAGCUCUCGGCCUGCCCUAUGACCUGCUUUUUGGUUGUGUCCAAUUUGACAGCUGUUUCUCUUUAUUGUAAAUAUACACUUAACAAUCACCUAUCUAUA